AUGAAGACUAUGAACCUAAACAUCAUUACAUUGAUCAUUACCAUUGCUUUUUCUGUCUUGUCUUCAAGCUUUGAAAGCUGUAGUGCCAUACGUGGAAACCAUUGGAGGAAACUCAAAGCUGUUAUUACUGCCUCUUCUACUUUUAAUGUGUUAGACUAUGGUGCUAAAGGAGAUGGACAUGCAGAUGACACAAAGGCCUUUGAAGCCGCAUGGGAAGCUGCUUGCAAGAUGGAGGCCUCAACAAUGAUUGUUCCAUCUGGUUCUGUGUUUCUGGUGAAACCAAUCUCUUUCUCAGGCCCUAAUUGUGAACCAAACAUUGUUUUUCAGUUGGAUGGCAAAAUCAUUGCACCUACAAACCCUGCAGCAUGGGGCUCAGGUACCUUGCAAUGGCUUGAUUUCACUAAGCUUAAUAAGAUUACAAUCAGAGGUAAAGGUGUCAUUGAUGGUCAAGGCUCUAUCUGGUGGAAUGACUCACCUACUUACAAUCCUUCAGAAGAAUCAGCCAAUAGCUCUGUUCUUGCCAAACAGAUGCAAGAAAAUAGUGGAAAAAUGCCAAGAACCAGACCAACAGCACUCAGGUUCUAUGGAAGUAACGGUGUAACUGUCACAGGCAUAACGAUUCAGAACAGUCAACAGACCCAUCUCAAGUUUGAUUCAUGCACAAAUGUUCAGGUCUUUGAUAUAAAUGUUUCAUCACCUGGUGAUAGCCCCAACACAGAUGGAAUCCACUUAGAGAACUCUCAAGAUGUGGUCAUCUACAGCAGCACAAUUGCUUGUGGCGAUGAUUGUGUCUCUGUACAAACUGGAUGUUCCAACAUAUAUGUACACAACAUCAAUUGUGGACCUGGUCAUGGAAUCAGUAUUGGAAGUCUUGGAAGGGAGAACACCAAAGCCUGUGUUAAAAAUGUCACCGUCAGAGAUAUUACAGUCCAAAAUACCUUGACUGGUGUCAGAAUAAAAACAUGGCAGGGAGGCUCUGGUUCAGUCAACAAUAUUAUGUUCUCGAACAUUCAAGUUUCUGGGGUUCAAACACCAAUCUUGAUUGACCAAUACUAUUGUGACAGUGGCAAGUGCCGGAAUAAUACAUCAGCUGUGGCAGUGUCAGACAUAAACUAUGUAAAUGUAAAAGGAACAUACACUAAGGAGCCUCUUUAUUUUGCAUGCAGUGACAGCUUACCUUGUACUGGUAUAACCCUGGAUACCAUACAGCUAGAAUCAAGUCAAAAAACUCAGAACUCCAACGUUCCAUUUUGUUGGGAAGCAUAUGGGGAGUUAAAAACUAAAACAGUUCCUCCUGUUAAUUGUUUAGAGAAAGGUAACCCAUCAAGUACUUGGAUCCAUUCUAAUAAAGAUUCUUGCUAA